GAGCCGUGGAUUUGGAACUUUCGGGUAGCCUAGAGCGACCCUGCCGCCUUUCGAGGCCGGAGCGGCCCCCUCGGACAAGACAAAGGCUUUUUUUUUUUUUUAAAUCCGGCUUUAAACUUCUUUAAAAGAAACCGGAAAAGGAAAACCAGAGCGUCCAAGUGGGAUGAGAGCGGCGGUUGGGGCCGGGCUUCCGGGGCCUUCGGCGCCAUGUCCUAUGCCUACCUUUUCAAAUACGUUAUCAUCGGGGACACCGGUGUCGGGAAAUCAUGCCUCUUGCUACAGUUCACAGAUAAACGGUUUAUGGCUGUUCAUGAUUUGACAAUUGGUGUGGAGUUCGGUGCACGGAUGAUUACCAUUGGAAACAAGAAGAUCAAACUGCAGAUUUGGGAUACGGCUGGCCAGGAAUCCUUCCGUUCAAUCACCCGCUCGUAUUACCGAGGUACAGCCGGGGCACUCUUGGUCUAUGACAUCACCAGGCGGGAAACUUUCAACCAUUUGUAUGCCUGGUUAGAAGACGCUAGGCAGCAUUCCAGUCCCCACAUGGUGAUCAUGCUCAUUGGCAAUAAAAGUGACAUGGAGCACCGGCGGGUGGUGCAGAAAGAAGAGGGAGAGGCUUUCGCCCGGGAACAUGGCAUGGUUUUCAUGGAGACAUCAGCAAAGACAUCAGCCAAUGUGGAAGAGGCCUUUCUCAACACAGCUAAAGCCAUCUACAGAAAGAUCCAACAGGGUGAACUUGACAUUUCCAAUGAGGGAAAUGGGAUCAGGAUUGGCUCUAAACAACCAGCCAUUAUUCCAGGUGGAUCAUCACUCCGCCCGGGACUGCAAGGCUCUGGGGACCGAUCAGGCUGUUGCUAAGUUUGCUUGAAAUCCUGACAAGCUCAUUGAGGCUGGGAACAAACAGAGGAUGGUGCCUUUCACUUCUUAUUCAAAUGGCAUUGGGGGAGAUGGGGAGGCAAGGAUUUUCCAGUCCAGUUUUCCUUUCCCCUUUUUAUAUGAAUGUGGGGCCAACCUGAAUCUAAUCUUUGGCUGGGGCCUAGAGCAUUCCUUUCCGAAAUCUCCCCAUCAGGGCUGUCUGGCCUUUCUUCUAGAAGGAAAGGUAUUUCCUUCCUCCAGUCUGCUUAUAUGUCAGCAGUGGCUAUUCUCUCCACUGUUGAAAACUUCCAUUCCCUACCUUGGACUUGUUAAAUUUUGGGGGAUCUUCCAGGUCUCCAUACCUGAUUUAAUAUUAAGCUGUAAUGUAU